CUGCUUACCACACAUCGCUGCUAUUUCCCACCCAGGCACUGCAGGGCUGGCACUUCUCACAGGCAAGUGUGUCCCCUGCCCACAGUCUCCCAGCUUUUCUUUGCACCAGGAGUUACAAUGAAUUUUGCAGCACAGUUACUCUACUUCAGGGUGUUAAAAAACAGAAGUCCCAGGAACCGCUCCAGGGAAGAUGAAGACUACGAUCCUUUCUGGCAAAGGUUGGAGAAUAUUGCUGUCUGACUUAGAGCUAGAGCACUCCUUCCUCCCCCUCAGGGGUCAUGGUCAACCCUCGGGGUCCACCAAGGGCCAGGCCCACGGACAUGACAACCCCUGGACCCCUCCUGCCUCCUUAUGGUGUCAUAGUUGGAUUUUUCCUUCACCUCGUUGUUUAUUUAGUCGCUGUGUUGUAUAGUUAUGUUGAGCAGCUCUUCUUGAAAAAAGAUGACAACAGAAUAAAGAAAGAAGAUCCCCCAGCACUUUGUGAUCUUCACUGUUGUGAGGGUGGGCCCAUAAGAAAUGGCCUCAUUGUGCAGAAGCCACCCUCUAUCAAUCCUGAGAGACUGAAAGAUUUUGGUGAGGAGGAUUACCUGAACGGGGAGGUGAAGACCUGGGAAAUGAAGAUAGUGAGUCGUAACGAAGAGUUACCUAGAGAUGCCCUUUCCCACGUCCCUCAGUCAAGCAGUAGGACCAGCCUGUCGAGCUGUAACAAGCUGAUUCGAUUUGAAGAUAUUAGUGCAGCAGCUUUCAAAAUCCAGUGUGGUGUUCAGAAAACCCCCUGCAUGUAUUCUAGGUUAUCCAAGCAGUAUGGAAUGGAUAUCUACCUAAAGAAAGAGUUCCUCCAGUACACGGGGUCUGUGAAGGAACGAGGAGUACUUUACCUUCUGACAUCAUUGCCUCAGGAUCAGCAAAGAAAAGGAGUGAUUGUUGCUUCGGACAGUAACUUCUCCAUGGCUGUUGCUUACCACGCCUCAGGGCUCCGUGUCCCAGUGUUUGUCAUCAUGUCAACCAGCACAUCCCCAGCCAGAGUGAAGAUGUGCCGUGAGUACGGUGCCAUGGUCAUAUCCUAUGGCACCACUGCCAAGGAUUCCCAGAUGCACGCAAGAAGGUUGGCGCAGGAGAAUGGUUACCUCUACCUUGAAGAGGAGGACAGUGCUGUCUACCUGUCAGGCCUGGGAACCGUGGGGCUGGAGGUGUACGAGCAGGUGCCAAAGCUGGACGCGGUGAUUUUCCCUGCAGGAGGCCACUGUGGCUUGCUGGCAGGGUCGGCUGCUGCACUCAAACACCUUGACCCGCAUAUUUCUGUAAUUGGGGUUGAAUCUGAAAGUUUCCCUGUAUUGCAACAAUCCUUAAAGGCUGGCCACCCAACCGAAGAUCAGGCUUGCAGCAAUCAUCACUUUUAUGGAGAUGUAAGUGGACUUUGCUUUGGCAGCAAUUCUUUGCAGCUGACUGGGAAACUGGUGGAUAAAGUUGUUGCUGUGAGGGAGGAGGACAUCCUCAUUUCAAUGCUGAGGUUGCUGGAGUACGAGCGAGCCACAGUUGAUGCAGAAGGGGCUAUUGGACUUGCAGCACUUGUUGCAGGGAAACUGCCUGAGUUGAAGGGUAAAAGAGUGGCAAUUGUUAUAUGCAGUGGAAACUUGGAGCUACAUUUGCUGCAGCAGUGCAUAGCUCGGGCACUGACGCUCGAUAACAGAGUGUGCAGGUUUUCCCUUGUGCUUGCUGACUGCCCAGGAGAUGUUUCAAAGCUACUGGAGAUUUUAGCUCGGGAAGAAGCCAGAGUUUUGGAUAUUCAACAAGAACGCACGUUUGUGACAUCUGAGCUCUUCACUGUUGAGGUCACCUGCACUGUGGAGACCAGAGACAAGAUCCACACAGCCCAGCUGAGGAACGCACUGCUGGAACGCUACCCCACAGCCGCCUGGACGGAGCGGUGAUGGGCAGAGCACAAGGGAAGGGGCCAAGGUCCUCUGACAAGUAUUUUACAGAGCCCUAAUCUUGAGGCAUUCAGAACGAUAUUCUCUUUCAAAGCUGAACAGUUAGCAAAUAGUUUCAGGAUAUUUAUUUCCUGCUCAAGCAGUAGCGAAUGUCCUUGGGAAUAAAGUUAAACGCAAAACUGUAGCUUAGCUAAGGAAAACUUCUAGCCUCUGCUGGUGUUGGAAUUCAAUACGUCAUUUUUAUCUGGCUGUCUGGAUUUUCACUAGUUUGUAGGAUCCAAUUGCAUUCCAUAAAUAAACAGGAAGAAGGCAUUUUUCUUUACAUCUGAAAAUGGACCUCUCUUGAUUUUGAUGCUCCUAAUUUCAAGUAAUGCCUCUCCAUCUGCUGAUUUUGCUAUACUGCUAAUAUUUUCCAUUUUCAAGCCAGAAGUUCUCCACUUGCUCAGUCUGCUUUGGGAGACCUAUACAUGUGUGUGGAUGUGGGUUUGAACACACUUCUGAUCUUUGCUAUCGUGUGAGGAAAAAUUAUGCUAAUAAAAUGUCAUUUAAAUAAAACAAAAACAAAAAACCUUUUGAAGAUAAAAGCCAA